AACCGCGUCGCCCUUUUAAUUACAGCGCGUUUGCGACCCCAAGUCUCACGUUUUGUUAAGGCUCCAUCAUCCAGGCUUCCGUCACCUGCCUAGACUCCAACGACAACACGAAUCAAAGCCAGGAAGGGUGCAUAAAUGUGCUUUUGCACUCAACCCCUUCAGUGAUUUUUCAACUUCAAAUUAUACAAAGUAACAAGGACGACUGUCUCCCACAUCGCCGCCAUGCCGGACAUUCGCAACUUCUUCAGUUCCAAAAACGGUCCUCCCCCACCGAAGCCUGCAGCCAAGAAGGAGGAAGAGACAAAAAAGUCUCGAGGUAAAGGGCGCAAGGUCAUUGAGGAUAGCGACGAGGAAGAAGUUGUCGAGACCAAGAAGCCAACCAGGACCACUCCUCGUAAGAAGGCAACAGCCCGCACCGAGGUGGAGGGCGAGGAAACUACUGCCGCCAAAUACUUUGCGUCGUCCAAACCGAAACCAGAUACGACGACAACUACCCCAAAGCCUCUAUCCAAGACCCGUCUGGCCCCUGGCGCCGAAGUCCGCGUGAGCCCCCGAACCAAACCAGCACCACCGAAGCCGGCACCCGAACCAGCCAAACCAGCGCAGAACAACACCAAGAAGAAGUCCAUUACCGCUUACAAGAAGCACGACCGGGACGAUGACGAUGCGUUUUUGGACGAUGAUGAGGAUGCCGGGGAUGACAUCUUCGCGGCGGGUGUGAAGGGCGGCAACAAACGGAAAAACGACGAGUAUGUCGAAGAAGACAGCGAGGAAGAGUUUCUCCCCAAGCCCAAACGAGUAGCUUCUCGUGCUGGUAAGCCUGUCAAGGCCGAAUCCGACGACGAAGUUGCACCGACCCCGAAAGCUGUCGCCAAGAAGGGGCCGGUCAGGAAACGCAAAACCCCAACUUCGGAUAGCGAGGAGGACGAGGAGGAUAUCAAGCCUGCGAAGAAGGCUGCCCCGGCCAAACCCCGCGCUCCAAGGGCUAAAAAAGAGCCCGAGCCCGAGGCUGACGACAUUAAGGACAUUCUCGACAAUGUUCCCACAGUUCAAGCACCUGACGCUCCGGCACCCGACCCGAACGCGAAGUUCGAUUGGCGGAAGGCGAAUGCAGGGGGUGGAAAUGCCGGUGCGCCACCAAUGGCCGGCGCUGUCGAUAUCCCUGAUGGCGAAGACGACUGUCUGAUGGGUAAAAGUUUUGUCUUCACCGGCCUACUCAAAACCAUCAGCCGCGAAGAGGGACAAGCGCUCGUCAAGCGGUAUGGUGGCAAGGUCACAGGCGCGCCGAGCAGCAAGACGGAUUUCGUUGUCCUGGGCGAUGAUGCCGGCCCCAGCAAGCUCCGAAAAAUCAAGGAACACGGGAUCAAAACGAUUGAUGAGGAAGGCCUAUUCUACCUCAUCAAGACGAUGCCUGCUCACGGCGGUGGUGGCAAGGGCGCCGAGAAGGCCAAGCAAAAGCAGGAAGCAGAAGAGAAAAAGAUUCGAGACGAAGCAGUCCGGAUGGAGAAGGAAGAACAAGCCCGCAAGGCCGAAGCUGACAAGGCUGCGAAGAAAGCCGCUGUGGCGCGCGGAGCCCCUGCUCCUGCGCCGACUCAGGUCUUGUCCCAGUUGUGGACAACCAAGUAUGCCCCCACACAACUCAGCCAAAUCUGCGGCAACAAAGCGAACGUCGAGCGCAUUCAGGGCUGGCUUGACAAAUGGCCGGUCCACCGCAAGUACGACUUUCAGAAGAGGGGUGCAGAUGGCAUGGGCGGGUACCGGGCCAUCAUUAUCUCUGGGCCACCAGGAAUUGGCAAGACGACCGCCGCUCACCUCGCGGCCAAGCUCGCAGGAUACGACGUCCUCGAGAGCAACGCUAGCGACACACGCAGCAAGAAACUUGUCGAGAAUGGCGUUAGCGAUGUGCUCAACAACACGUCACUGAUGGGCUACUUCGCAGGCGACGGCAAGAAAGUCGAUGCUGGCAAGAAGAAGAUUGUCGUCGUCAUGGACGAGGUUGAUGGUAUGUCCGCCGGUGAUCGCGGCGGCGUCGGUGCCCUUGCCAAAUUUUGCAAGAAGACCGAGGUGCCUCUUAUCCUGAUCUGCAACGAGCGCAGGUUGCCCAAGAUGAAACCCUUCGACCACGUCGCCUUUGAUAUCAAAUUCCAACGCCCAACCGUCGACCAGAUCCGGUCCCGGAUCAUGACCAUUUGUCAUAGAGAAGGCCUCAAGAUGCCGCCCCAGGUUGUCAACGCGCUCAUCGAGGGUAGUGGCAAGGACAUUCGCCAAAUCAUCAACAUGUUAUCCACGGCCAAGCUAGACCAGACAACGAUGGACUUUGACCAAAGCAAGGCGAUGACCAAGGCUUGGGAGAAGCACGUCGUCCUAAAACCUUGGGACAUCUGCCAGAAGAUGAUUGGAGGGGGUCUUUUUGGCCAGGCAAGCAAGGCGACGUUGAACGACAAGAUUGAGCUCUACUUCCACGACCACGAGUUCAGCUUCUUGAUGAUUCAAGAAAACUACCUACGGUCGAAACCGGCGGCACUAACAGGGAAAAACUACAAUGCCAGGAUGCAAAAUCUCAAGUACCUCGAGCUUGUUGACCAGGCAGCUGAAAGCAUCAGUGACGGAGAUCUUGUCGACCGCAUGAUCCACGGUCCGCAGCAACACUGGAGUCUGAUGCCCACACACGCAGUCUUCAGCACUGUCAGGCCAUCGAGCUUCAUUGCCGGCAUGUUCACUGGGCAGACCGCCUUUACAUCAUGGCUCGGCAACAACAGCAAGACCGGAAAGCUCGGUCGCUUCGUUCGCGAAAUCCAGUCCCACAUGCGGCUCAAGACGUCGGGCGAUCAUAACGAGAUUCGCCAACAGUAUCUGCCUGUGCUCUGGCACCAGCUGGUCAAGCGGCUGGAGGUUGAGGGCAAGGAGGCCGUUGCGGACGUCAUCGAUCUGAUGGACAGCUACUACCUCACCAGGGAGGACUUUGAUAGUAUCAAGGAACUCGGUGUGGGGUACCAGUCGGAGGACUUGAUCAAGCUUGAUACGCAGACCAAGUCGACCUUCACCAGGCUGUACAACGCGGCGUCGCAUCCUGUGCCGUUCAUGAAGGCCAGCAACAUGGACGUGGCCGUGGCCGCGAAGAAGGCGGACAAGGAUAUGCCCGACUUGGAGGAGGCUCUCGAGGAAGAGGAUGAGAACGAUGUGGCCGAGCCCGCUGAUGUCGAUGACGAGGAGGAGCUCGACCUCAAGAAGGACAAGUACAUCAAGCAGCCCAAGGCCAAGGGCGGGAAGAAGGCUACCAAGAAGACGGCCAAGGCUGCGGGUGAUGAUGACGAGGAGGAUGGUGGUGGCAGUAAGCCGUCGAAGGCGAAGGGGAAGGCUGCGCCUAAGGGUAGGGGACGGCCGAAGAAGGCUUAGGAGGGUAUACGGGUGCCGUGGGGUUUUCGAGCAAGAACAUGGGUUGGACUCGCCCAGCAGCCCAUAGAGCCGCUUACACACACAUUUAACUAGGGUAGCUCUGGUGAGAAGCUUUGAGAAGCGGGCGAAAUCGAUUUUAAAUUGGUAUUAAGUAGUCUUCUACGCCAGGCAACCCGUUCGCGCCCCCAUUCCCGAUUAUCAA